AUGGCGCUGGGCUCUCGCCAAGGCUGCCGCUGGUGCGGCCGCGCCGCCCUGGGACAGCCGAGGCGGCGGCGAGUCCCGGAGCCGGCCGGGUGCUCGGCGCGGCCGUACUCGGAGGGCGGCGGUGCUUCCGAGGCGGCGGGUGGGGCGGAGCUGCUGGAGGUGUGCUGGCGGCGGCUUUUCCUACGGGGCGGCUCGGGGCCGCUGCCCUGGAGCGCUUACCUGAGCGGCCGCCACCCCGGCUUCGGGCCGCUGGGCGCGGCGCUGCGCGCUAACCUGGCGGCGCAGUGGUGGGACUCGGCGCUGCCCGUGCGGGAGCAGGUGUUCCCCGUGGAUGCCCCGCUCCACGGCCCGCCCGGCGCUCUGCGGGACGCGCAGGGGCUGCGGCUGCUGCACCCGGAGACGCUGCGCGAAGCCCUGCAGGGCUGUGGGCAGAGCCCUGGCGGCCCGGGCCUGGAUGAAGUCCUGGGGGCCGCGGGGCUGCUGCGGGAGAGCCUCCUGCCCGGUGUUCUGGCACAAUAUGUCAGCUGCUUAGAGCUGGUGAACAAAAGACUGCCCUGUGGCCUUGCUCAGAUUGGGGUGUGCUUUCAUUCUGUUCCAGAAAGUGAACAUUCUGUUUCAGGAAAUGAACAACACAACAAAAACCUGACAAGAAUAGGUGAGAGGACCACGUCUCUGCUUGCCUGGUUUAGUUCUCCCAGAACUGCAGGACAGUGGCUCGAUUACUGGCUACGCCAGAGGCUCCAGUGGUGGAGAAAGUUUGCUGUCGGCCCCUCUAACUUCAGCAGCAGUGACUUUCAGGAUGAAGAAGGCAGAAGAGGAUUUAAGUUACAUUAUAGCUUUCCCUGGGGGACAGAAACAAUAGAAACGUUGAAGAACCUUGGUGAUACUGAACUGUUACAGCUGUAUCCAGGAGAGAGAUCGAAAUUACUUGGCCGAGAUGGAAGGAGGAAUGUCAUCCCUCAUGUUCUGUGUGUGAAUGGCAAUCUGGACCGAGGAGUGUUAGCUUAUCUCUUUGAUUCUCUACAGGUGGUUGAGAAUCCAUUAACAGCAAAGAAAAAUUCUCAGAGAAAGGUACUUAAGCUUCAUCCUUGCUUAGCACCCCUUAAAGUGGCCUUGGAUGUAGGAAAAGGUCCAACAACAGAGCUGAGGCAGGUUUGUCAAGGAUUGUUCAAUGAGCUGACAGAAAAUGGAAUUUCUGUAUGGCCAGGUUAUCUGGAAACUGUGCACAUGUCUCUGGAACAUCUUUAUACAAAGUAUGAUGAGAUGAGUAUUCCCUUCAUGGUCUUGAUAAGUGAUGGCACUCUAGAGAAUGGAGUGGUCCAGCUGAGAAGCAGAGACACCACCAUGAAGGAAAUGAUGCACAUUUCCAGGCUGAAGGACUUUCUAACUAAGUAUGUUACAUCAGCCAAAAAUGUGUAAACUCAAACUUGUUGAAUAGAAGGAUUUUCUUAGACAUCUUUGCCUGAAUUGGUUUCAGCAUUGUCAUGGACUCAGUGGUUUCUCUGCAAACAGUUCUGUGAAAACUUGGUGGUGCAUCUGUUUUCUUUCACAUCUGGGUCUUCCAGGUUGCCUUGGAAAAAGGGAAGAGAAAAACUUGUCCCUUGUUAGCAAGGCUGACCAUAUUCUUGUUCAUGUCUUUGGUUUUAAUAUCAUGACAGUGCUCCAUCCUAAAUUAAAAAUUCAGCUUUCCUCAAAUUUCAAAAUUGUGAUCUUUGCUGGAAAAUGGUAUUUUAUAUUAAAGACUUCCAAAUCUUAAAUAUUUUAAUAACAUCAGUAUCUUCUCUCUGUAUUUUGUUCUUUUAUAAUUUUUAUGUUGGGUGUCAGCAAAGUCUCCCAGUGCUGCCUGGACCACCACCAAUGUUUGAUGGAAUGGCAGGAAAAGAUUUAUUAUUAACAGCUAUCUUUGUACUGUUUGUAGGAAUGUGUCACAUGGCUUCAGUUCCUAAACAUGUAAGCUACUUCAUCUUGCACUUGAUAAACAUAAAAAAAUCAGAAAUAUAUUACCAAGAGUAACAGAGUGACAGAUUUAAAUUUUUUUAACCAGUAUUUUCUGUGGACAAAAUACCUGCGUGUACAAAAUGGUGGAAAAAGACUAAUGUAUGAUUGCAUUUUUCCUGUACCUAAGCACAGUGGUUAAAAUCAGAUACAAGAGUUUGCAGAGAUACAGAACUCAGUGUUUCUGAUCUUCUCUAGAUUCCCAGUGCCUGUACAGUUUGUUCAGUCCCUGUGUAAAGUGCAGCAAGGCCCAUGGCCUCUGAUAGUCAUCAGUCAUGAAACACAGGAACUUGCCUUAAAAUAUUCUUCUACUAACAUGGUGCUCACUUAACUAUAAAUGAGUUAUUUUUAACAGCAGUAAUAAUUGCAGUAUAGAGUAUUUAUGCUACAUAUAAUCAAUGUUAGCAUAAUGUGACUUCUUGCUGAACUUAUGGAAUUCUAAAUAAGCUGCUAUGAAAUGGUAUUAAAGCAACCCAGCAACAUCUUAGAAACAGCUGGUAGCAGGAUGCAGAAUUUAUUUUUAAAUCAGCUGUCCCCAAAUUAAUUUUAGCAACCUAUCCCUACUCUGAGAGCUGAAAUACUGAAGUACUGUUGAACUGAGAAAUUGCCAUCCUUGCAGGUACAUAGAGGCCAAAUACAGAUCCUCUAGUGCCUGAGGGAUGCUUUUUCUUUUUUUUUGUUAAACUAGACAAAAGCCUUUUGAUUGUCUUAUGUCUGCAAACAAUCCAGUUUCUACUUUAGCAGAAUUGUUAAAUGGUCAGAAACUUAAAUCUGUGUGAAAGCUUUACAUUCUAAGUAAUUCUAAGUUUUACCUGUUUGCUUUUUCUCAUAAAUUGAAAUCUUUAGAUAUUAUGGCUCAGAGAUUUUGCUUCAAAAGUGAGCUACACUGUCUGUUUACAAACUGAUCAGGCCAGGAAAUUGGUAUCUAAAUAUCAUCUCUUUGUAUGCAGCUUGCUGGAACUUUGGAGGGCUGAAAAAUUUAAAAGUAUGUGAUUAAGUUAAUCAGAAAAAAUGAUAAUCAUACCUGGUACUCAGUCUCUGAUGAGGACCUUUGAAUAGACUGUAGCACAUGGGCUCUUCCCUGCUAAAAGCCAGAAUAACAUAAUUCAUAGCUGCUUUCUUAGUGCAGAUACACAGAAUUAACAUCACAUCAGCAGUGUGGUUGCUAAUGACAUUUGUGUGGUUUCCUAGGGAGGCUGUUCAAUUUGCCUUAGGAUGGUUUGUUGGCGUUUUUCUUUCUUCUUCCCCACCCCUCCUCAAAACAGUUUUAAAGCUAUUUCAGUUUUUCCAUAGUAACUAAGCAAUUUCAUAAGCAAUUGCAAGUAUUUAAGCCCUGCCUCCACCCAGCCAAGUCCCCUCAAAACAUAUUUGUGUGCAUCAGAUAUUCCAAUAUUACAGCUUGAGAUUUUCACCUUUUUCCUCUUCUCUUCUAAUAACAGAGAAGUUGAUGUAUUCUUCUUCUGGUGUAACAGGCUCUGGAUUAAAGAUGAUGAACAGCAAUUAACUCAAUUACAAACAACUUGAAUCAGACAUUUUUUCUGUAAUUUUGAAACACAGCAGUGAGAUUCCAUACUGAAUAUAAAUCAUGGAGUAUCCAUGGGCCUUAUCAGAGCUCUUCUCACUGUCCUUGCAGGCUGAGACCUGGCACAAGCAGCAGCCCAGCACUGAGCUGACCCAGCAGGGCAGGGAGAGCUCUAUCCACUGCAUGAACAGGAAGGCAGGUUUGUUUGGAGGCAGUUUUUCCAUUUGGAUAUUUAGAAAUUGGAAACAAUGCCUUUGCAAUUGGUUUGUUUGGGGGGUUCUUAUUCCCCUUGGAAAGAGGCAUUCACAUUCAAGGCAAAGGUAGAAAUGUGCAAGUUCAGAACAUUGUGGCUGUCAGGUAAUAUCUUCAUUAUUGUUUGCUUUCUGCAAUUCAGUUCUAAAAUGUCUUAACAUAAGUCAGUUGCUUUGUUGUCACUUCAUAAUUUCAGUUUGAAUUUAUUUUGAAUCUUGCCAAACUUAAAAAGGAUUGAAUAAAUAACUAAAGUACUGAACAAUUUUGAACAGAAUGCUGAGCUAUGCAAGUUUGAUUUUGCUACAGUUUCAUAUAGCUCACUAUUGUCUGUUAGUAAAUGGCCAUGACACCUUUUUUAUUAAAACCUCAGUUCAUUUAACCAGCUGCAGUUUUGGCUGUGUGGCUGUCAGAUGAUGCCAGAUAUGGGUUCUGAGGGAUUUCAGAUAAUGCCUCUGCCAGGAGGGUCAGUAGGUGUCCCCUUCCAGUACCUGAACAAACCUGUCUGACUGCAGGGGGUGACAGGAACUUACCAAUCUC